UCAUGACUGUUAUUUGUGACUUACCCGCCAAAAAGUAUGGCGUAAGACGAAUGUAAAGACAGACACGUGUCAGCAAAUUUAUAUAGGUGGUUUUGUGUGAUCAUUUUUGACAGAAAUCCACCGUAGUGAUAAGUGCAACUUGUGAUGCGUCAAAUAUAUUAAUAUAUUUUAUACGUAAUAAUGUCCACAUAAAUAUACAACUUCCUUGACGUUUGUCAUAGAUUCAUAAAUUUCUUUCUCUAAAAAUUAAUGUUUGGCAAUAAAACAAAGGUAAAAAACCUGUUCUGACCAUGGCAAGUGACAAUGAUUCUGACGUUGGAGAUUUGCUAGAAGAUCUAUUAGCAAAUGAUGAAACAGAAGAUGCAGAUUCAUCCAUCAAAAAUUCAAAGCUAACAGAAUCAAGCCUGAAUUUUUUAGAACAGGAAACUAAUAUUCCUAAUCCUCAUAGAUUUUCUACACCCAUUUGUAAAAAGACUAUAAUCCAUAAUGGUGAUACAGAUUCAUCUGACGAUGAGGAUAAACGCGAUUUUGAAAAUCAAAAUUACUCCAGCUCUGGUCGAGAGAUAAAGCACAUUUUAAAGAAUAAUGCAUCCGAAACAAACACCUCAUAUCCAAAAACAUUUAAAAAUACAUCAAGAUCUUUUACUAAAAAUCAUAGUACCGAGUUAUGUUGUCCACCUGAUCCCAUCAAGACUGAAUCAAAAGACAUAUAUUGCGACCCAAUAUUUGGAUUAAGAAUUAUAAAUCCUGUUGUAUCUUCAGCCUCUCUAAAGGAAAGAAUGACUGGUAGAACACCAGUCACAGUUUCUAAAAUCAAAUAUCACUUGAACACUGCAGAUCUUCAAAAUGACUGGGUAAUUGCUGGAGUACUUAUCAAUAAAUCUGGUACACGUAGUUCACAAAAAGGAAACCAGUACUGUAUCUGGAAAAUAAGCGACCUUUCGGAUGGUAUAAAGUCUGUAUCUUUAUUUUUAUUCGGUGAUGCCUACAAAUCAUUUUGGAAAACUAAUACUGGCAUGGUGAUUGGAGUUUUAAACCCGGGAGUACUGGAUAACAAAGAUGAAAAUAUAAAUGAGGCAACUUUAUCUGUUGAUAAUGGACAAAGAAUAAUGAUAUUGGGAGUGUCUAAAGACAUGGGAGUUUGUAAAUCAAAAAAGAAAAAUGGAGAACCCUGUACAAGUAUAGUAAACUUACAUAGAUGUGAAUAUUGCAUAUACCACGUUCAACAAGAAUAUAAUAAAUGCGCACGAAGAUCCGAUUUACAAUCGUCCAGUAAUAGCAGAGGUGUGACUACAAAAACCGCUCUGCAGAACAAGGUAUUGGGUAAAGGUGAGACCAUAUAUGGUGGACGUAGCUUUACAGCAGUUCCGGCUAAGCGAAAUUUUAAAAUGGUGGAAAAAGAUAGGGCUCGAUUGGAACUUCUCCAAAAUCCUACCCUAACCAGAACCAACUUGCAAUUGUCAAGUAAUAACAUAGAAAUGAAAAAGAAAGCAAGUUUGGUUGAAUUGACAAGUAAUCAGAUGAAGAAGGAUGCAAAUAGAUUAGCUAAGCUAAGGGGAUCACUACCUGAAAAUCAGCAAUCUUUACUUGGAACUUCCAUAUCUUCAUCAUCGAUUAUUUCAAACAGCAAAACUACUAUGGCUAGUUCUCCCCCUCAAAUCAAACCACAAUUAAGUUUAAAUAAAAAUUCACAUGUAAUGGCUGUUCCGCAAUUGGGAGUUGGACUGAUGGGGGGAAUGAUCGAUCUUUCUGAACCAAUAACCAAGAAAAAUACAGAUAUAGCUAAGAUGAACGCCAUCAAAUGGAUUCAGAGAAAUGGAGCUCUAAAAAAAAAUAAUCCGAACAAAGUUCGAAAAACUUUGGAUGAGAAGAUUGAGUUAAGGGGCACUAAGCGACAAAGAGAAAUUACUGAAGACACUGAUCAAGCUUCCAAAAAACCAACAUUAGUAAUGAACAGAUUUCAAGAGAUGAUGGCGGCAACAUCCAGGCACACCGACCUAAUUGAAAAGUCUGAUGAACAAGAGAAAGAAAAAUAUUUCAACAAAUUAGAAAUUAAAGAAAAAAUGGAAGACAAAAUGAUGAGUACAUAUUCAAUAGACUGCAAGGCUGUCAAAUGUCUCACCUGCAAAUACACUGCAUUUUCAGCUUCGGAUAUGUGUAAAGAUCAAAAGCACCCGUUGCGAGUUACUGAUGCUGUCAAGAGAUUUUUCAAAUGUGGAGACUGCAAAAAUAGAACAGUCACGUUAGAUAGAUUACCUUCUCACAGUUGUAAAAAUUGUCAAAGUUCGAACUGGAUUAGAGCUGCAAUGAUGGAUGAAAGAAAAGUUGAAAUCAGUGGGAAUACCUUAAGUAUCCGUGGAGGAGAGGAGAAGUUUAUAGGAUCAGUUGUGACAAACGGUUCUUUGAAUCUCUUGGUUCCUGAGUGCGACUGAAAUCAUGUAUAUAGGUAUGAAAUUUUUAUAAUGUAGUCUAUAAACACGUACAUGAGCCCUUUUUCCUUAUUUAAAUAUUGUUUUAUAAAUAACACAAAUAUUAUGCAAUGCACUAUAUGAGCGCAUUAUUAUGUUUACAUAACUUAUAAUAAUAAAUAAGUCAUAGGAUUUUAUGUAGACUGAAAACUUUACUGUAUUGUGAGUUGAUGAU